AGCCCUUGUGGCUCGAAACCCUUUGGCUCCCUGCUGACAGCCCGCGAUCACCCGAAAGGCAUGACGGGUAUGCUGCUGCUGCCGCUGCUCGCCGCACCCGCCGCCGCGGGGUCUCUGGCAGCUUGCGACGCGCCGAUCUUCAUGCAGAGGCAUCAGGCAGCCAAUCUGGCCAGCCGGUUGGCCACAGCUCCUUCGGCGACCUGCCACACGGCCGUGCUCGGGGAGGAGUGCUACGGCCAUACGGCGUGGGCACAUCAGGAGGGUAUCCGCUCCUCUCCGCAGUGUGGUACCCUGGCUUGUCACCGGAGUCCUCCUUCGAGGAGUUCCAGCAGUACCUCUGGAGCCGCGGCCUCGGCGAAUGCCCCGAACCCUGCGCGCCCGUUCCGCCAGUGGCAACCCCUGCUCCGACGCCCACGCCCGCGCCGACGCUGGCGCCCACCUCGGCGCUCACACCCGCGCCCUCUGUGGCGCCAGCGUCGCGUCCGACAGCCACGCCGACGCCGGCUCCGACGGCCGCCGCCGCGCCGCCGCCGACGCCGGGGCCCCCGGCCUUGCCGCCCACAGCCCCUCCGCCGCAGCAGGCCGCGUUCUGCUGCUUCUGGUCGCCCGGCGGGGGCGACGUCUGCGGGACCUGCUCCGAGCGGCAGGGCAGCGGCACCUGGUGCGGCGCGUCUGCGCACCGGUGCGAGUCGUGCAGCCCCGGCCAGGCAACAUGGUGCGAAGUCGGGUCGCCAGUGGGCGCGCCCACGAACACGCCCACGCCUGCUCCCGUCGUUGCGCCGACACGGGCACCUGCGCCGGCACCAACAGCUGGGCCGACGCUCGCUCCGACGGCCGUGCCGACACGGGCGCCUGCGCCGGCACCAACAGCUGCUCCGACGCUGGCUCCGACGGCCGCGCCGACGCCGGCGCCGACGAGUGCACCCACGGUGGCGCCAACACUGGCUCCCACGCAGGUCUCUCCCCUCACGCCGGAGUGGGUGACGGGCACGUGGACGACUGGUUACUGGGACUGCUGCAAGCCCAGCUGCGCUUGGCCAGGGAAGGGGAGGACGACCGCGCCCGUGCGCGCGUGCAAGGCAGACAACUCGACCGCCAGCGCGACGGAGCCUUCUACCUGCGUGGGCGGCAGCGCGGGGACUUGCACCGACCAGCAGCCGUUCGCGAUCAGCAGCAGGCUGAGCAUGGGCUUCGCCGCCGCCUCCGUGAGCGGCCUGCACGGCCUGCGCGGGGACGACAACUGCGGGCAGUGCUACGAGCUCCGCUUCACGGACGAGGAGCACCGCAGCAGCAGCGGCUGGGCCUGGGGCGGCGCCCACGCGCAGCUGGCAGGCAAGAGCAUGGUGGUGCAGGUUACGAACAUCGGGUACGAUGUUGUCGGGGAGCACAGCUUCGACCUGAUGAUCCCCGGGGCGGGGCAAGGCGCCUUCAACACCGGCUGCCCGCGCCAGUUCGCGGGGUACUCGUCCGGCCAGUUCGACUGCAACAACAACUGGGGCGGCUGCGGCAGCGCCGGCGGCUGCGCCGCCCUGCCCCCGGAGCUGCGGGCGGGCUGCGAGUGGCGCUACGCGUGGUACUACUGGCGGCGACCUUGCCCACGGCAGGCAGGCGGCAGGUGGGGCCGGCGCGUGGCCGAUGCAUCGCCGCUGCGGCGUGAUCUGGAUCACGGCGUCUCCCAUCCCCGCGCUCAUCGCCACUGCGUCGGCGAUGCGGCGCGGCCCGUCCGCCUUUGGCUCCAUGUCGGAUGGCCUCCAGGUACGCAGCCAGUGGCCGGACGAACAACCCGUACGUCGACUUCAGGCGCGUCAGGUGCCCCUCCCGGCUGACCGACAUCAGCGGCAGCGUUCCGCUGGACGACGGCGACUUCCCGGCCAUCGAUCUGGGCGAUUACCAGUAGGGUCAUUUGUUGCGUUUCUGGUGCGCGAAUCGCCCUCAGUGGCCUUUCGGCGAGCACCUUUUUUGUGGAAAGCUGCGGCGGUACGGCCUCCUCGUGUACAGCUUGAGAAGGCAUGCUGGCGGCGCAGAAUCUCGACGCCGAGGUCCUCAUGAGAUCUCUGGCGCGUGGAAGUUUUGUGAUCAACAGAAUAGGUUCUUGCACGAGCCGAGGAUCUGUAUGCUCUGAUCACUUUGCAGCCGGACUGCUCCAUCCAGCGAGCGUCCUUGAGGAGCGCAACCAUCGCAGAUGUCGAGCGAGGGCGAAUUACUAGCCGGUGAUACUGGCCAGCGUGCGUCACAGAUCUUCCAAGCGCUACACCCUGGAACAUCCUCCCAAUGCAGAGGAUCAAAGCUCCAGAAUAUGUAAACACAGGAAUCUCCAUCAUCAUUUUCGUGAGCCCCUGAAGAGCGAAUGCUGCCGGCUGUUCGUAGUCG